CGAGAUUUGCUCUGUUGCCGUUCCGGGUGGGAGGGGGGGGUGACUGUGGCCGAGCCGCGAUUCCCGCCCGACGGCUCGCGUGUCCGCCGCGGGCCGCCGUAGCCCUCCCUCCCCAGGGCCCCCUGCAGCCCCCCAGCCAUGGGGUUCCUGAAGCUGAUCGAGAUCGAGAACUUCAAGUCGUACAAGGGGCGGCAAAUCAUCGGGCCCUUCCGGAGGUUCACGGCCAUCAUCGGGCCCAACGGCUCCGGCAAGUCAAACCUCAUGGACGCCAUCAGCUUCGUGCUGGGCGAGAAAACGAGCAACCUGCGGGUGAAGACGCUGCGGGACCUGAUCCACGGGGCGCCCGUGGGCAAGCCAGCUGCAAACCGGGCCUUCGUCAGCAUGGUGUACUCCGAGGACGGGGCCGAGGACCGCACCUUCGCGCGUGUUAUCGUGGGGGGCUCGUCGGAAUACAAGAUCAAUAACAAAGUGGUGCAGCUGAGUGAGUACAGCGAGGAGCUGGAGAAGCUGGGGAUCCUCAUCAAAGCCAGGAACUUUCUAGUCUUCCAGGGGGCGGUGGAGUCGAUUGCCAUGAAGAACCCCAAGGAGCGCACGGCGCUGUUCGAGGAGAUCAGCCGCUCAGGAGAGCUGGCCCAGGAGUACGACAAGCGCAAGAAGGAGAUGGUGAAGGCCGAGGAGGACACGCAGUUCAACUAUCACCGCAAGAAGAACAUCGCAGCUGAGCGCAAGGAGGCCAAGCAGGAGAAGGAGGAGGCGGACCGGUACCAGCGCCUGAAGGACGAGGUGGUGCGGGCCCAGGUCCAGCUGCAGCUCUUCAAGCUGUACCACAACGAGGCCGAGAUCGAGAAGCUCAACAAGGAGCUGGGCUCCAAGAACAAGGAGAUCGACAAGGACAAGAAACGCAUGGACAAGGUGGAGGAUGAGCUCAAGGACAAGAAGAAGGAGCUGGGCAAGAUGAUGAGGGAGCAGCAGCAGAUCGAGAAGGAGAUCAAGGAGAAGGACUCUGAGUUGAACCAGAAGCGGCCUCAGUACAUCAAGGCCAAGGAGAACACCUCUCACAAGAUCAAGAAGCUGGAGGCAGCCAAGAAGUCCCUGCAGAAUGCCCAGAAGCAGUACAAGAAGCGCAAAGGCGACAUGGACGAGCUGGAGAAGGAGAUGCUGUCGGUGGAGAAGGCUCGGCAGGAGUUUGAGGAGCGUAUGGAGGAGGAGAGCCAGAGCCAGGGGCGAGACCUCACCCUCGAAGAGAACCAGGUGAAGAAAUAUCACCGGCUGAAGGAAGAGGCCAGUAAAAGAGCCGCCACGCUGGCCCAGGAGCUGGAGAAAUUUAACCGGGACCAGAAGGCAGAUCAGGACCGGCUGGACUUGGAGGAGAGGAAGAAAGUGGAGACUGAGGCCAAGAUCAAGCAGAAGCUGCGGGAGAUAGAGGAGAAUCAGAAGCGGAUUGAGAAGCUGGAGGAGUACAUCGCUACCAGCAAGCAGUCACUGGAGGAGCAGAAGAAGCUGGAGGGGGAGCUGACAGAGGAGGUGGAGCUGGCCAAGCGGCGCAUUGAUGAAAUCAACAAGGAGCUGAACCAGGUGAUGGAGCAGCUGGGCGAUGCCCGCAUCGACCGCCAGGAGAACAGCCGCCAGCAGCGCAAGGCUGAGAUCAUGGAGAGCAUCAAGCGCCUCUAUCCUGGCUCCGUGUACGGGCGGCUCAUUGACCUCUGCCAGCCCACGCAGAAGAAAUACCAGAUUGCCGUUACCAAGGUGCUGGGCAAGAACAUGGACGCCAUCAUUGUGGACUCGGAGAAGACUGGCAGGGACUGCAUCCAGUACAUCAAGGAGCAGCGAGGCGAGCCGGAGACCUUUCUCCCCCUGGACUACCUGGAGGUGAAGCCCACGGAUGAGAAGCUGCGGGAGCUGAAGGGGGCCAAGCUGGUGAUCGACGUGAUCCGCUAUGAGCCACCCCACAUCAAAAAGGCCCUGCAGUACGCCUGCGGGAAUGCCCUGGUGUGCGACAACGUGGAGGACGCCCGGCGCAUCGCCUUCGGGGGCCACCAGAGGCACAAGACAGUUGCUCUGGACGGCACCCUGUUCCAGAAGUCGGGGGUGAUCUCCGGAGGCGCCAGCGACCUGAAGGCCAAGGCCCGGCGCUGGGAUGAGAAGGCCGUGGAUAAGCUGAAGGAGAAAAAGGAGAGGCUGACAGAGGAGUUAAAGGAGCAAAUGAAGGCCAAGCGCAAAGAGGCCGAGCUGCGGCAGGUACAAUCCCAAGCCCACGGGCUGCAGAUGCGGCUGAAAUACUCCCAGAGCGACUUGGAACAGACCAAGACUCGUCACCUCGCCCUGAACCUCCAGGAGAAGUCAAAGCUGGAGAGUGAACUGGCCAACUUUGGGCCCCGCAUUAACGACAUCAAGCGAAUCAUCCAGAGCCGGGAGCGGGAGAUGAAGGACCUCAAGGAGAAGAUGAACCAGGUGGAGGAUGAGGUGUUCGAGGAGUUCUGCCGUGAGAUCGGGGUGAGGAACAUCCGGGAGUUCGAGGAAGAGAAAGUGAAGCGGCAGAACGAGAUUGCCAAGAAAAGGCUGGAGUUUGAGAACCAGAAGACGCGGCUGGGGAUCCAGUUGGAUUUUGAGAAGAACCAGCUGAAGGAGGACCAGGAGAAGGUGCACAUGUGGGAGCAGACCGUCAAGAAGGAUGAGGCAGAGAUCGAGAAGCUCAAGAAGGUACCGAGCAAGGGGGGGAUCUGGGUGCUGGGGGAGGGAAGGGGGUGCUGCGUUGAAGGGUGGGGCUCCCUUUCCAACUACCCUGGAAGAGCAGUGUUGGGGGUGUGGUGUGAAGGGGGGGCCUCUUUCCUCCUCCCCCUGUCCAAGAGGAGCCAUAUGGGCAGUGGUGGAUGGGGCUCGUUCCCCCCAGGAGCAUUGUGGGCGGGGCUCACUCUCCCCUCCCCUGUGCAGGAGGAGCAACGUCACAUGAAGAUCAUCGACGAGACCAUGGCCCAGCUGCAGGACCUGAAGAACCAGCACCUGGCCAAGAAAUCCGAGGUCAACGACAAGAACCACGAGAUGGAGGAGAUCCGCAAGAAAUUGGGCGGGGCCAACAAGGAAAUGACCCACCUGCAGAAGGAGGUGACGGCCAUCGAGACGAAGCUGGAGCAGAAGCGGAGCGACCGCCACAACCUGUUGCAGGCCUGCAAGAUGCAGGACAUCAAACUGCCCCUCUCCAAGGGCACCAUGGAUGACAUCAGCCAGGAGGAGGGCGGGGCACACGGCGAGGAGCCAGUCAGCAGCUCCCAGCGCACCUCCAACAUGUAUGCCCGGGAGGCCCUGAUCGAGAUCGACUACAGUGACCUCUCGGAGGACCUCAAGGAUGCCCAGGCAGAAGACGAGAUCAAGCAGGAGAUGAACCAGCUGCAGCAGAAGCUGAAUGAACAGCAGAGCGUCCUCCAGCGCAUCGCCGCCCCCAACAUGAAGGCCAUGGAGAAGCUGGAGAGCGUCCGGGACAAGUUUCAGGAGACCUCCGACGAGUUUGAGGCAGCCCGGAAGCGCGCCAAGAAGGCCAAGCAGGCGUUUGAGCAGAUCAAGAAGGAGCGAUUUGACCGGUUCAACGCCUGCUUCGAGUCCGUGGCCACGAACAUCGACGAGAUCUACAAGGCUCUGUCAAGGAACAGCAGCGCCCAGGCGUUCCUGGGCCCGGAGAACCCCGAAGAGCCGUACCUGGAUGGAAUUAAUUAUAACUGCGUGGCCCCUGGCAAGCGGUUCCGGCCCAUGGACAACCUGUCCGGAGGGGAGAAAACUGUAGCAGCCUUAGCCCUUCUGUUUGCUAUCCACAGCUACAAACCCGCCCCAUUCUUCGUGCUGGAUGAAAUCGACGCCGCGCUGGACAACACCAAUAUCGGGAAGGUGGCUAACUACAUCAAAGAGCAGUCCACCUGCAACUUCCAGGCUAUCGUCAUCUCGCUGAAGGAGGAAUUCUACACCAAGGCAGAGAGCCUGAUCGGGGUCUACCCCGAGCAAGGGGACUGCGUGAUCAGCAAAGUGCUGACCUUUGACCUCACCAAGUACCCCGAUGCCAACCCGAACCCCAAUGAGCAAUAAGCCGGCCGGACGCUGCCAUGGGGGGGGAUGUGAUGGGUUAAACCCCCCUCCUCAUUUAUUUUUAACCAUUUCACUGCCUCUGCCAGUGCAGUCCAGGGGGGCCUAUUAACCCCUCGUCUCUAAGGUGGGGGCCACCUGUCUCCCACAAAACUGGGGGUAGCGGUUUUAUCCCGGGGGGGGCCCUCAAUUCCCCCCACCCCUCCGAUGCAAUUUUUAGAAUCAUGCUAUUUAACUUGCUUUUAAAAACCAGCCCCCAGGGAAUCAGGCUUGGAAGUUUUAGCACCGGGAGGGCUGGAAUUAGGGGAGAAGUCAGGUGGCGGGGAGGGGGCGGGGCAGGGCAGAGUGCGGGGGGGGGAAUCACUGGGCUGUUGUUUUUCGAGUCCUCUGUGUGUGUGUGUGUGUGUGUGUGUGUGUGUGUGUGUGGAGUGUCUUUCUGCACAAAAUAAACCAGAUUUUCCCCUU